ACUGAGAUCAAGACUCAAAUAGCAUGAUGUCUUCAGCAGUGGUAUUGAAUCUUCUGCUUUUAGUGUCAAUCGCUUCAGCAGGACAUUAUUAUGGAGGCUCACUGACCUUCACAACUAAAGGAACGAAUCCAGAUGGGAGCAUUAGGGUUGAAUUUCGCAUCAAGCAAAACUAUGAUGAGAACUCGUGCUAUUAUCAACCAUAUAACUGCGUCUCUGGGAAUUGUGGCUACGAGAGCAAUCUGGUCUAUGGUAAGGUUGACCGCAGCUCUAAUGGCAGAAGUGGUUUUACUAACACUUGGUGCCAAAAUGAAGCUGUCGUCACAAGAAAUAUUCACGGAAAUGCACCAUUUGAUAUGCAGGAUUAUUCCUGCUGCUGGGUGCCCACAGUUAACUAUGUUGGUUCUUGGAGACUCUUGACACACGUAGAUCUUGGCAUAAGAGCUGACACAAAUAAACCCAACCACUCCCCUAUCACCACUAUUUUACCACUUAUACGUGUUCCUCAAAACUGCCCUCGUACGUACCACUUCAUGGCCUUUGACCCAGAUGGCGAUCAGGUCAGAUGCAGAUAUGGACUUCAGCAAAAUAGUGAAUGUGACACGUGUGACCAGCCAAGUGGUUUCAACCUAAAUCAGCAUGCCUGCACUUUAGAGUACAACAGUACUUACAACAGAGGAGUCUAUGGAUUUGAGUUGGUUUUAGAGGACUUCCCUAAGAAACACACAAAUCUCGCCUACACUGAUGGCUCCCGGUCUUAUAAGAGCCCUCUAGGGAGUUCAACGACAGUAUACCAAGCAACAACGAAAACCACUGUACCUACGACUGUUCCGUGGUGGCAGUGGUAUCAUCAACAAACAACUACAGUUCAAACAUCUACCCCAGGAUGGUGGAGGCAUCAGACUGUGCCGACAACGUCACAUCAGCGUUCUUACGAACCAUUUAGCAAGAUCCCGCUGCAGUUCAGCGUUCUCGUUGACCCACCUGCUCCAUCCUGCACUGAGGGACUCUACAUACCUCACUUUUUGUCACCAACUCCACACGAUGGAGAACGACUACACGGUGCACCACUCCGUGAGCUAGAAAUUCGUGUUAAGGCCACAGCAGCUUAUACAACGGUUAAUGAUGUCAUCAUUAGUGGCCCUCUUAACAUAACUAAGCACCCUAUGAGCUCUGGAGAGUACGCCAUCAGAUGGACACCAAUGAGGGACGAUCUUGGAGAAAGUUUCCCCAUAUGUUUCAUUGCUGAAAGCUCAGAUGGAAUGAACAUUUAUCAGUCUGAAAUGAGAUGUGUUGUCGUCACAAUUGGACGUCACGACGUUAAAGCGAACGUGAUUUGCACCGAAAGCAACAUGGUGGUUGUAAUUGAGCAGCAGAAUUCUGUCGGGCUACACAAGGACUUUCUGCGACUCAACGAUCCUGCCUGUACCCUGGACUCAAACGGCACUCAUGUCCUAGCAAACAUUUCUCUCAACGCUUGUGGUAAUUUGAUCGAGGAGGAUGACCAGUACAUCAUUUUCAAAAAUGAAAUCAUCUCAUCUGAUGACACAAGCGGCAUCAUUACCAGAAAACACGAGGUGGCGAUUGAGUUCUCCUGUCGUUAUGAAAAGAGCAGCAACAUUUCACUGGAGUUCACUGCACAGAGACGCAUAACCACCAUCACGGAGAGAGGCUUCGGUACCCUCACGUAUAGUUUCGGUCUCUUUGAAACAGAAAGUUACACCAGGAUGAUGAACUCAUAUCCGGUGGAAUAUGAACUUGGGGAAAUGAUGUACAUGGAGAUUGAAUCCCAGUCUUCAAUUAACAACACUGAGCUUUUCGUCGAGUCAUGUGUUGCGACGCCAUACAAUGACCCUAACUACCAAAUGCCCUACACAAUCAUCCAAAAUGGGUGCAUCUUGGAUGAAACAGUACAGUUUUACACAAGCCAUGAGUCAAUGGUUCACUUUGGCAUGGAAGCCUUCAAAUUCAUUGGACUGCAUGAUCAGGUGUUCAUCAGCUGUUCAGUAAUCUUAUGUGAGGUCAACAACCCCCAUACCCGCUGUUCUCAGGGCUGCACAAACACCACAGUACCUCCACCAUCCCACCAUCAUCACAAAAGAGAGGCACCAAUCCAGACAUCCAGUCACUCCAUCUCUCAGGGACCCCUGCGCCUAAAGAGAAGUGUGGAGCGUCAAGUAUCCUCCACCGCUUUGAAUCUGAAUCUGGUCUUUAUUGCUGGAUGUCUCCUGGCAGUGGUUGGCAUGGUUUGUGCCGUCUUGCUCUACAGAAGCAGAAGACAUCAGAUCAAAUAUCAACCUCUUCAAUCAGCUGAAAUUUAAUCGAUCCUGUCAGACUCAAGAAAUGCUGUCCUUUGUUUUUACUUUCUCAAGGCGGAUCUUGGCUCUGACAGAUUUUUGAAGGAUUAAACUGAUUAUUGUCCAUGAAUGUAUAAUAUAGUUCGCUUAGUUUCAUCAUUUCAGCUACACACUGCAUAUACAAUGUUAUAUACAUAUUU